AUGUUCGGCUGGGGUGAAUCAUCUGACGCCUACAACCAGGCCUACAACGACGACCACGAGGGCAAGCUCUCCCACGAGAUCCUCGCUGGUGGUGCCUCAUUCGCUGCCAUGCACGCCUUCGAAGAGAGACAGCGCAAGGAGGGCAAGCCUGUCAACCACGAGUUCGCCAAGGAGCUCCUCGCCUCGUUCGCCGGCGCUGAAGUCGACAAGCUCUGCGAGACCAAGGGUCUUGACUACGUUGACAGAGAGAAGGCCAAGCACCAGGCCAAGAAGAACGCUGAGGCUCUCUACGACGACCAGUACGGCCAGUACGACCAGUACGACCCCAACCAGCAGGGUCCUCCUCAGCACCUCCAGCAGCAGUUCGGUGGUUACGACAACUACUAA